AUGACCAUCUUGCUGAGCGAGCUGCCAGACCUCGUACUCCACCAACUUGUUCGGGGGCUGGAGGUGGAAGACGCCCUGCGGCUGCGGGCCACGAGCUCCUUCUGGGCCGACAUGGUCAUGCGCGACCACCCGCUCGCCGCGCUUCUCGUGGGCGAGCUCCUCCCGCGCCUCGCCAGCCUUCCCCCGCCGCAGGGCGACGAUGACGACAGCAACAACAACGACGCCCGACUCGACGACACGGUCGAAGAACCAGAAAGCGCAAACGAAAACGAAAACGAAGCCGAAAACGAAAACGAAAACGAAGACGAAAACGAAAACGAAGACGAAGCCGAAGAUGAAGAAAGCCUCGAGUCGGAUCUGGCGUGGAUGAUUGAGGACGCUGCUGAAGCCGCGCGGGUAGCCGAAGAAGAGAGGGAGAAAAAGCUGCAGGAGCAGCAACCCAGCGAUUUUGAGAGCAGCUGCCCCGACCUGGCGGCCAAAACCAGUAGCGACCGCGUGGAUGCGAGGUGGGCGCUGCUGCAGGAGGUGCGCAUCGCGGCCGAGGCGCGCCUCCACGAGCUUUGCCUGCGCUCGCCCGACUACUGGCGCGACACUGCGCUCUACUCCGGCGCCGCGGGCGACGACUACAACGGCGGCGCUGGCGGUGGCGAUUUCCGCGCUCGAGCAGGCCGCCAGCGCCGCGAUGAAGAAGAUGAAGACGCAGAAGAUGAUGAAAACGAAGAUGAAGACGAGUAUGGUCGGCCGCGGAGGCAAGCACCACGCGUGGUGGACGUCGAGACGCAGCUCAACGCAACCGAGGCCCUGUCGCUUGCCACCGAGCGGGUGCGCGUGCGAGCGACGGCCAAGCGGAGCGGCGGGCAGGACUCGGCCCUGGUCACUCUCCUCAAGCUCGAGCUUCCGACUCAUCAGGCCGAUGGGAAAGGAAACGAACAACAGGAACAGAACGUCGUCUACUUCUGCAUUGAGUACGGCAGUGGCUUGAACACGCGUUCGGGGUUCCAAGAAGCGGCUCUGCGGGUGAACCAAUCAUCGACGCCCACCGGGGAUCGCGAGCUGUGGGAUGAACCCCAGUUUAUGCGGCAGUGGUUUGUCGAACUGGCGGCCAAGCUGGGCGUCAGCUGGACCCCCUGGCAGUUGGCGUCGUUCGUGAUUCGCUGCGCCGGAGUCGAGCCCCAGGCCAUUCGCGAUUUUCAUGCCGACAUCUUCACCCGGGCUUGGGAGGAUCCAGGGGCCCUGUACUACAUCAGGUCCAGAUACGACGAACUGCCCGAGUUGCUCGACGUGACGUCGCGCGUUCGUGCAAUCUCUUCGCCCGAACUCCUCUCGUCUCUGUCUUCCAUUGCGGCGAGAUGGCAGUACCGGAUGCAGCUGGCGCAAAUGUGGCACCUGAGCGCGGAGCUCGACUGGCCUUCGAGUGAUAAGAUUGCGCGCCUUGCUUCCUGUGUGCGAUCUGGUCGCGCGGGCCAUGACGAGGAGCCGCUCGAGAUCGAAGUCGAGUGCAGGCACUCCGCCGUGCAGGGCUACGAUUCGGGAGGAGACAACCAAACGCUGGCCUUGACCGCGCGCGGACUCAACGACUUUGCCCAGCGCAGGCUGGGCACUCAAUCGCCGACGGACAAGAAGACCCUCCUGCAGCUGUCGUGCGACGCGCCCAAGCCGCCGGUGGUCACGCAGGAGGACACGGCGCUGCUGGAGCUGAUCGGGCGCGCGCUCGACCUGCACUGCGAGCCCGACGAUAAUCCUCGCUUCUACCGAGGCCUCAAGUCCGACAAUGACGACACGGCCAUAUCGAGCCAAGAUCAAGACCGACAAGAAGACGAAGACGACGACGACGACGACGACACUGCACUGGCGGAGACGAAGAUGUGGGACUCGAAGCGGGUGGGCUACUUCCUCGCGCUGUGCUGUCUCACGCCGGCCAAUUCCUUCGUGUUCGAUUACCGCGCCGAGGCGGAAUUCUUGGUGGGGUACAAGCCGCGGUACAUGUGGAGCCAGGACCCCAAGAAAAGCCUGCUGUCGCAUCUCGACAUUCUCGUCUACCCAGGCCAGGUGUGGGAGCCUUACGAGUACUGCCAGCAGGAGGAGGAUGAGGAGGACGACGGCAACAACGUUGUUGACCACCCAUGA